AUGCGUGCCAGCGAGCUGGAGGCGGGACCGGCGUGCGCGGGGACCGGGGCGAAGGGAGGGGCGUGCGCGGCGCCGGUGACGGAGCUUGCCAGGGUGAAAGGUCAGAGGUCCGCGCGCACUCCCAACAUGGCGGUGGCCGAGGCGGCGGCGGCGCGCAGCCCGGGAUCCCGUGCAGAACCCGUGUCCUCGCCGCGGGCUGAAUGGCCGCCGUGGGUACUCGUGCUACUGGCUGCCACGGUGGCCGGCCCAGGGCCAGGCCGCGCGACCCAGCUGUACCGGUCGGGCGAGGACGCCGUGUGGGUGCUGGACAGCGGCAGCGUGCGCGGCGCCACGGCCAACAGCUCGGCCGCGUGGGUCGUGCAGUUCUACUCGUCGUGGUGUGGCCACUGCAUCGGCUACGCGCCCACCUGGCGGGCCCUGGCCGAGGACGUGCGAGACUGGGCUGCUGCCAUCCGCGUGGCCGCUCUGGACUGUGCGGAGGAGAAGAACCUGGAGGUGUGCCGGACCUACGACAUCCACUUCUACCCCACCUUCCGGUAUUUUAAAGCAUUUACGAAGGAGUUCACCCCAGGAGAGAAUUUUAAAGGGGCUGACCGGGAGCUGCAGACCGUGAGGCGGAACAUGAUUGACUUCUUGCAGAACAGCCUCGGGGGCGCCUGGCCUCCAGCCUGCCCCUUACUGGAACCUGUUCCGCCCCACGACGUCCUGUCUCUGUGUGACAGCCAAGGUGGCCCUUAUGUGGCUGUGAUGUUUGAAAGCAACAGUUCCUAUGUUGGACGAGAGGUGAUGCUGGAUAUGGUCCCCUAUGAGAACAUGUUGGUGAAGAGGGCACUGGAUUCAGAUGGAGCAUUGCUUAAGAAACUGGGCGUGUCUUCAGUCCCUUCCUGUUACCUGAUCCGCCCAAACGGGACUUGCAGCGUCAUUAACAUCGCGAAGCCUCUCCGGUCCUUUUUCUCCUCUUACUUAAAGUCAUUGCCUGGAGUGAGGAAGAAACCACUCUCCCAGCCUGAGCUGCUGAGUAGAGAGGAGGAGAGCGUGGGGACCACAGUCUGGAGGGAAUUUGACAGGUCCCGGCUGUACACCGCUGACCUGGAAUCCACGCUGCACUACCUCCUGCGUGUAGAGCUGGCCUCCCACCGGUCACUGGAGGGGGAGGAACUGAGGACGCUCAAAGACUUCGUCACGCUGGUUGCCAAGCUGUUCCCCGGCCGGCCGACGGUCACCAGGCUACUCGAGCUGCUGCAGGAAUGGCUGGCCAGCCUGCCCCUGGACAGGAUCCCCUACGACGCUGUCCUGGAUCUGGUCAACAACAGGAUGCGGAUUUCUGGAGUAUUCCUUACCAAUCAGGUCCAGUGGGUUGGAUGUCAGGGGAGCAGACCAGAGUUGAGGGGCUACCCGUGUGGCCUCUGGAAGUUGUUCCACACCCUGACGGUCCAGGCUCGUGCAUAUCCGGAAGCGCUCAGUGGCACAGGUUUUGAAGGUGCCCCCCAGGCGGUGCUGCAGACCCUGAGGAGGUAUAUCCGCACCUUCUUUGGGUGCAGAGAAUGUGGCGAGCAUUUUGAGGAGAUGGCCAAGGACUCCCUAGAAGCAGUGAAGACCCCCGAGCAGGCAGUGCUCUGGCUUUGGAAGAAACACAACAUUGUGAACAGCCGCCUGGCAGGCCAACUGAGCGAGGACCCCAGGUUCCCCAAGGCCCCAUGGCCCACCCCGGAUCUCUGCCCAGCCUGCCACGAGGAAGUCAAGGGCCUGGACAGCUGGGACGAGGGCCAGGUGCUCCUCUUCUUGCAGCAGUACUACAGCCGUGCCAACCUGCUGGACACCUACUCUGCAGAGCCCAGGGGGCUGGGCCAGGAGGGGCACGGAGGGCACCCCAGCAGCCUCCAUCCUCCUGACACCCUGGGCCCCCAGCCCCUUCUGUGGGAGAACUUGCCUGGCAGAGCAGACAGCAAGGCCCGCCUGGAGCCCGCCUCCACUGUGCCCUUCCUUGGGGUUGGCUUCUCCAACCUGGACAUGAGUCUCUGUGUCCUGCUCUAUGUGGCCUCGUCCCUGUUCCUAAUGGUCAUGUACUUCUUCUUCCGCAUGAGGUCCAGGCGGUGGACGGUGAAGCACUACCCGCCCAUGGUCUAG